AAUUCAAAUGACGAGCUCCGAGGAGUGCCGCGUUCUGGUCGUGGGCGGCGGCGUGAUCGGCCUCACCUCGGCUCUGGCAUUACUGCAGAAUGACUUCCGUAACGUCCGUAUCGUGGCUGAAAACUUCGACGUCACCGCGUCGCACGUUGCUGGCGGUCUCUGGAUGCCUUUCUCACUGCCGGACGACGCCGAUCCUGCCAGACCUCGGUGCACCAAUAACUACAAUAUGGUAUCAGCCAUGAUAUCAAGCUAACAGUUCUGUUGUCUCCCUCCAGGAAGUGGUGUGAGGUGAGCUACGAAUGGCUGUCAAAAAUCAUGGAAAGACACGGAGAGGAGGCGGGCAUCCACGUUGUACAAGGAGUGGAGGUGUCGAGUGAAGGCCCCCCACUUGUGGUGCACCCGUAUUGGGCUCAUUGCGUGGAAAAUUUCCGUCUGCUCAGUCGAGAGGAGGCGGCGAAAGUGUCACCGGACGCGGAGCAUGGAUUUGCAUUCGGGACCAUUAUCUACAACACUGGGACGUUCAUGAAGUGGCUCCAGAACGAAGUGCGCCAACUGGGUGCUACAUUUGAACAGCGUCUCGUGAGCGAUUUCAACGCUGAAGACUGCGACCUGCUUGUCAAUUGCUCAGGUCUGGCGGCCAAGGAAUUGGCUGGAGAUGACACGGUUUACCCAAUUCGUGGACAGAUCAUCAAGGUUCACAACCCGAAGCUUGACAAAUACGUUGCUGCGAUCCAUCGUGACGGUCACCACACCUAUAUUAUUCCACGUCCACACGGAGAUGUAGUGCUUGGUGGAACGGUUCAACCACACAACUGGAGUAUAGACAACGACGACUCGGACGUUGAAGGUGUGUGGGAACGGUGCUGUAAACUGUGGCCAGAGGUGCACAACAGCAAGGUGGUUGGACCGGUGGCAGGGCUGCGUCCUGGUCGAACCGGUGGUGUGUGUCUCGAAAUGGACCCACGCUCAACUCAACGCGGUGCUAAGGUUAUUCACAACUACGCUCAUGGCGGAUCGGGUCACACUCUGCAUUGGGGAUGUGCACAAGAUGUGGUUGCUUUGGCGUCCCAGCACUUCGGUGCCGGUACUGAUAAAGUCAGCAAACUAUAGUGAUAACAUGAUUUGUUGCAGUUGAGGAAAAUACUGUGUGGUGGUUUAAUGCUUCCAGGCAGGUUUCGACAAAGCAACAGUGUUUGAUACUACUUGUAGUAAAAUAUUUUGAAGGCAAGUUUGAGAGUGGUGUAUCAAAUAGUUAUGGGACGGUAGUUACAUUAUUUCUUUUUAGUCCAUACCGGU